GCUGCGUGAGCUGCUGGUGAAGGAGGAGGCGUUGGCCCUGCCACGUUUGGGUUGCGGUUCCCGGCUCUGGCGCGGGCGGUGCAGGAGGAGGUGGGGCUGGCGCUGAAGCCGGAUCCGGAUCCGGUGCCGUGUAGCUGGGUGGAGGAGAGUCCCACGCGUGCGAGGAGGAGCACCAACGGUUGGGCCUCUGCAGACCUUACUGGAAAGAUGAAACCUGAUGAAACGCCAAUGUUUGACCCAAGUCUACUCAAAGAAGUGGACUGGAGUCAGAAUACAGCAACAUUUUCUCCAGCCAUUUCUCCAACACAUCCCGGAGAAGGUUUGGUUUUGAGGCCUCUUUGCACUGCUGACUUAAAUAGAGGGUUUUUUAAGGUACUGGGUCAGCUAACAGAGACUGGAGUUGUCAACCCUGAACAGUUUAUGAAAUCUUUUGAGCAUAUGAAGAAAUCUGGGGAUUAUUAUGUUACAGUUGUGGAAGAUGUGACUGUAGGACAGAUUGUUGCUACAGCAACUCUGAUAAUAGAACAUAAAUUCAUCCAUUCCUGUGCUAAGAGAGGAAGAGUAGAAGAUGUUGUUGUUAGUGAUGAAUGCAGAGGAAAGCAGCUUGGCAAAUUGUUAUUAUCAACUCUUACUUUGCUAAGCAAGAAACUGAACUGUUAUAAGAUCACUCUUGAAUGUCUACCAGAAAAUGUUGGUUUCUACAAGAAGUUUGGAUAUACAGUAUCUGAAGAAAACUACAUGUGUCGGAGGUUUCUACAGUAAAAAUCUUGAGAGGAUCUAAUGCUACAGCACUUCAUUCUUCCUAGAAUAAAAAAACAUUUUUGUUACUGCAACCCAGUGACCUCCAUAAUGCUGGACUGAAAAAACAUUGGACUACUACAAGUUUAAUGACAUUUAGAAGAUUACUUUAAGAUGGUGGGACAGUCUGUGAGUUUAGAUUACAAAUGAAUAUUAUCAAAGGGGAUGAUUUUUAACCAAAGGAAUAUAUUUUUAACUUGAAUCUUUUCUUGCAUUGUAUUUUUCUAAAGUUUGGCUUCAUUUCUUGAUAGUCAAGAGUAUGGGUAGUAAGGAGUUAUAGGUAUGCUGUCUUUGCUGCUCAUUUUUAAAAAGUAUACAUUCACAAAAUUAAAUAUUUUGUUUCAAAGAAACAUCUAAAUAAACCUAGAGGUGUAUCAUUUCUCACAUAUUAUAGGAAGUUGGAUAAAUUACUUAGAACUAAGUUUGUCCAUCUUAAUGUUGGCAAACAACUUUGUCAACAUUGUAAAGAAAGAAAAAUUAGCUUAUAAAAUGUGACAAGAUUUUAAGUACAGUAGUUUAAAUGUUUCAGUAAAAGUUCAUACUGUUCUUAUGGAGAUCAAGUACCACCUGUCUUACUGUAAAACAAUAAAUUUGCCCAAGGGCAAAUAAAACAGGCCAUCCAAGGUACGCUUUUGUGGAAUUGUGUGUGGUACUAGUGAUUGAACCCAAGUUAAAGUACCUUUUUAAUAGUGAACUAGCAACUCUAGGCAUAUCCCAGUUUCUCUUUUCAUGGGUAUCUGAAACCUUUCUUCUGUCAAACAUUUUUAUGAAACAUGGACAGAUUAUAAAAUUUGAGUGAUAUUUAAAAAUGUAUGGUACUAUAAUUGCCACAUUGUUAAAAUACUGAUGGAAGCUUUUAUAUUUAAUGUGAUUAUAAUGGUACUAUUAUUCUGAUCACUAUCUUGUUUUGAUUUUAUUUAUUUCAAUUAUUUUUUAAAGUUGAAGAAUUAGAUGCUUAUUAAUGGUUCUAAUCUUUUGCAUUCCAUGUUAUA